AUGACCAACAGGUGCUCCAAUGCACCACAGCAGCAGCUGCUGGCGCUGCUGCCGGUGCUGCUGCUGCUGGUGGUUGUGGUGGUCGUGGUUGUGGUGGUCGUGGUUGUGGUGGUCGUGGUGGUGGUGGUGGUCACGGUGGAGGUGGUGCUGGUGCUGGUGCUGGUGCUGCUGGUGCUGCUGGUGCUGCUGGUGCUGCUGGUGCUGCUGGCGCUGCUGGUGCUGGUGCUGGUGCUGCUGGUGCUGCUGAUGCUGCUGGCGCUGCUGGUGCUGCUGGAGGGCCUGGCCAUCGGCGGGCCCGCGCCUGGCAAGGCGACCGCCACCAGCAACUUCAUGACGCAGUUUCAGAAGAAGGUCUUGGACAAGAUCCUGCGACCGUCGACUAUCACUGCAGACCACGGUGCUGUGGCAGCCGCAGUGGGAGCUGAGGCAGUGGAUACUGCGGCUAACGACGGUGAUGGUGCAGCAGCGAGAGCAGCCGCUGGGGACCACGAACAGGCGGUGGGUGGCGGAGAGGCUGCUGCCAUGGGCAUGCAUGCCGUGGAUGGUGGCACGGGUGGCGGCCGCACAGCAGGCGUCGCAGCAGCAGCAACCGCAGGGGGGGACACCGGCACGGGUCCCAGGCAGGGCGAGGCGGGCGUUGCCCAGGACGAGGAUACCACCAACUACGAUGCGUUCAAGGAGUGGGUCGGCGAGGUGCCAAGAGCAGCUAAGGGCGCAGCUGGCAAGCGCAGGCGGGGUGGCGGUGAUAACGACGACCUGGGUGCGAGGUCGGGGCGCAAGGUUGGAAAUAAACGGCAGAAGGGGAACAAGGGCGCAGGCUGGGGCAGGGGUGCAAGCAAGGGGACCACCAGAGGUGCGGGGAAGGGCGGCGCAGGCAAGGGAGGGUGGAGGGGGCGGACAGAGGAGGGUAGCUCGGAGGGUGGGUCGGAUGCUGGUGAGGAAGAGGUCCUAGCCGCUGGCGCUGGGGAGGAGUCCAGCUCGGAGGACCCGGGCAAAUAUAGCGAAGCUAGCAGCAGCAGCAGUGGCAGUGGCAGCAGCGACAGUGGUGGAAGUGAGCAGUAACAUGACAGCAGUGAUGAGCGCUUGGGGGUGCACACACCAGGUCGGCCCCAGGCAGGAUGGGACAUACCAAUCCCAAUAGGUGCCGGUACAUGUCAUGCAUCGGGGGUUUCAUCCGUAGGAGUAGGCACGAACUCUGCAAGUGGUGGUGAGACUCCUUGGCGAGCACUUGCUGUAUGGGGGGUGACAUGAACGCUGUUUUCGAGGACGAUGGUUGAGAUGAAUGCAUCAGGCUGUCAGGCUGGCUGGUUGGUGUUGUGAGUCCAAAGCGCCUUGGUCCACAAGCACACUGAGACUUAGGCUACUUUGACAAGGGGUGUGCGUCCAUUUUGAGGCUUGCCGCAAGUAUUCACCAAUCGUUAAUUUAACAUGCAGUAAGCAUCACAUCACAGAGUAAUAUGUGCCUGUGUAACCCGUAAUGACUGGGUCUUCACCCGUAAUUUUGCGUGUAAUUGGUUACAUGCGCCCGUAAUUCACCUCCAGCACCGCGUAAAAUCCACCCGUAAUCACUGGGUCUUCACCCGUAAUUUUGCGUGUAAUUGGUUACAUGCGCCCGUAAUUCACCUUCAGCACCGCGUAAAAUCCACCCGUAAUCACUGGGUCUUCACCCGUAAUUUCGCGUGUAAUUGGUUACAUGUGCCCGUAUUUCACCUCCAGCACCGCGUAAAAUCCACCCGUAAUCACUGGGUCUUCACCCGUAAUUUUGCGUGUAAUUGGUUACAUGCGCCCGUAAUUCACCUCCAGCACCGCGUAAAAUCCACCCGUAAUCACUGGGUCUUCACCCGUAAUUCUGCGUGUAAUUGGUUACAUGCGCCCGUAAUUCACCUUCAGCACCGCGUAAAAUCCACCCGUAAUCACUGGGUCUUCACCCGUAAAUGUUCACCUGUAUCCUUGUGCUCAAAUUACGAGACCCGUAACGUGUUACGGACCCGUAAUAUCUGUCAAAUUACGGGUGGAUUGACCCAAAAUUACGGGUAAAAUGACCCCCGUUUUCCCAGAGUGA